UCUAUAUGUAUGUUUGCAGGGCUUACAAUAGCAGGUGAGGCUUUUGUUGUAAAGUGCCCUGUGCGUGACACUGCGGUCUGGCAGUGUGGUGAUAAAACCAUCUCUACAGACAAAAGGGCCCGAAUACAUGCUUCUGGGAACGAGCUUUGGUUUCUGCCUGCAUCCAUUGAGGACAAUGGAAAUUACACAUGCAUCCAUCCUGAGUAUGCUCCUAAAACGAUGAGUGUCAUAAUAAAUCCAAAUAUAGAAGGCACUUGUUAUUAUGAAGAUGCCCUUUAUUUCGAAACAACUGGAAGCCCUGGAUCUGCUAAAAUAUUCUGCCCUUCUUAUAUUGACUAUGAGAACGCAUCUGAUACGAAGUGGUUCAAGGACUGUAAACUCCUUCAUGGAGCAAGGUACAAAGCGGUUAAAGGUGUCCUUUACAUUUCCGAUGCAAUUGAAAGUGACAGUGGAUACUAUACUUGCCAGUUUACAUACAACCAUGGUGGAAGAGCAUUUCCAGUAACUGCAACAACACCUUUUACAAUUACAGAUUCCUUUUUACUGACAUCUCCUAAAGUUUUAUAUCCAAAGGAUGGUGAUGUUAUAGAAGCAGAGAUUGGUUCUCCUGCACAACUUUUAUGUAAGGCAUGGCUGGGCCACGGAAAGCAAGGCAUAGCCAUAAGCUCUUGGGAAUUCGAUGAAGCAGACGAUUCAAACCGCUUUGUUAAAUCCAAUAAAUCGUAUAUGGUACCUGGCGAAGGACAGUUUGCAGAGGCUGAAUUAAGCAUCACAGAAGUGAGGGAAGAAGACCUCAGCUUAACCUUUAGAUGUGUUGUGGCCAAUGAUCUGGAGUACGAAACAACAGAAGUGACACUGGUGCCCAAAGGGGCAGGUGAAGGUCAUAGCAACACCUACGUGAUUGUGGCGUUUGCUAUUUUAGUAGGUCUUACAAUGAUCUUGGUGAUGGUUUACCAUGUUUUUCGUGUUGACAUUGUCUUAUGCGUCCGAAGGAUAUUUAACUGCAAUAAAUCCAGGGAUGAUGGGAAAGUACAUGAUGCAUAUGUUAUCUAUCCCAUAAAUGACACUUAUGAAAAUAAUUUUAUGGGCUCUUUCGUUCAUCAGAUUCUACCGGAGGUUUUAGAAAAACAAUGCGGGUAUAGAUUGUGCAUUUAUGGGAGAGACGUGUUGCCUGGAGAAGAUGCUAUUAGCGCAAUUGAAAGUAGAAUGCGAAAGAGCAGAAGACUGAUAAUCCUUCUAACAGAAUGGCUGGCCAAGAGUGAACAUUUUGCAUACGAGCAUCAGAUCGCAUUCUACAAUGUCCUCAUCCAAAAUAACGUGAAAGUGAUUCUGCUGGAAAUGGAGGAAAUUGGGGACUACGAACGGCUGCAGGAGUCUCUCAGGCACCUGAUUCACCAGCAAGGAACUAUAAAAUGGAGAGCAAAAUACAUGGCCUCUCCAUCCUCACCCAACACUACCUUUUGGAAGCACGUGGAAUACCAAAUGCCAUGGAGGCGUCGUUUAAAAAAGCCAACCACAGUGAAUCCUGCAUAUGAUUUGCUGUAAAUAAGCCCGCAAAAGCGAC